UAGUACUUCCGGGUCGCGUUAAGCGCGCUGUAUUCACGUGUACUAUUAUGAAAACAGGGUCAGUCCAGUUUAAAAAGAAGGGGGAAAAAACCCUCUUUUUUGUGCUCUGGGGUUGUGACGUGUAUUUGAGGGUGAUAUCUAAAAAAAAGCUUUUCAUUGUAUUAUAAUAGAUAACGCAUGAGAAGGUGAAUAAGACUGGUUGUUAUUCAAUAGAGUCAGGACAGACUAACUGGAAUGCUUACUUACUGCAUCAGAAGGCGACUUUUUGUUUUCAGCCGUGUGAGUUUGAACCUAUCCCCUCUCCAUGAGCUGCUCCAGUUACAUAAACACUACGGGAAGAGCAGUGAUGGAGGUUCUGAUCCAGCCAUUGGCAUGUUACAGCUGUUACAGAGGCGGUUCUUCAUCUCUCCAGAUCAACACCAUGCUGUGUCUUUCCUCAAAGGCAGAACCUGUGCAUAUGGACCCUUAGGAGUGGAUCUCAAGAGGAACAUGUUGGAGCAGUGGUGGUCUUCGGUGGUCAGAUCAAGACCUCAGGUGUUCGGGAUAAGCACCCUUCAUGGGGUAGGAGAUAAGAGUGCAAAAGAAGUUGAGGAUCUUCUCAAGCGAAGGGAUUUGACUAAAGAGCAGCUGGGUGAAAGCGUGGCUGUGCUUCUUCAACAGAGACGACCUUUGCGGACCAGUCUCCUUCAAGGUGCUUUGGCGCAGUACGUCCCGUCCCUGGAGCUCACGAACAGGAAGCUGCCGUUUGGUCUGGCUGAAACCGGCCUGUGUUACCGGCCUGAAGACGACGACUCGGGUGCAGUCGGUUGCUCUUCAGAGGUGACGGAGGCGUCGCUCACGUGGUUCUGUUCCAGCCGGACGUCCUCGCAGUGGCUCGACUACUGGACACGACACAGACUAAAGUGGUGGCGAAAGUUCGCUUCAGGGCCAUCUGACUUCAGCGUGCGCGACGUUGCGGAGGACGAGCUCCACGAAGGUGCGGCCCGUGGAGUAAAGGUGCUCUACGAGUUCCCCUGGGGCACAGAGACGCUGGAAACACUGUGGAUUCUCGGCGAUACUGAGCUGCUCAGGAGACACCCGGGCAGUCUAGACAAACUAAAGUGCAGAGACGGGAAGAAAGUCGUCGUGCCUCAUGUCCUCUCUCUCAGCGCGAACGUGGACAGGGGAGUCCUGGCCGUCCUCUUUAACUCCCUACAGCAUAUCCAGAAAGUGGACAGCAAGGAGAGACUUCAUCAGAGAACCAUGUUGAAGCUGCAUCCUACUUUAGCUCCUGUUAAAGUAGCACUGGACAUGGGCAAAGGAUCCACCUCCGAGCUCAGACAGGUGUGUGAGGGCCUGCUUCACGAACUCCUAGAAGUGGGAAUCAGUGCAUGGCCUGGAUACACGGACACCACGCAGUCCUCCAUGGACAAACUGCACACCAAGUAUGACGAGAUGGGCGUGCUGUUUACGAUGAUGGUCGGGGAGAACACUCUGGAGAACGGGCUCCUGCUGGUUCGCAACCGCGACACCACCAUCAGAGAGACCAUGCACAUCUCCGAGAUCAGACAGUUUAUUCUCAGAUACAUAUCCACUGCGGAAAACGUCUGAUCCGCUAUACCCAGCCUGUGUUUGAUGGACUUGUUGAUCCUGAAUCUUAUUGCACGCAGUUUGAAAUGAUCAGUGUUAAAUCUUUGUUAUUAAAGAAAAGCUCCUCUGUGAAGCUCAUUAAAUAUGUUUAUACUGA